CUGGAUCGGGAAUGUAGAGGUGGCCAAAAGCCACUUCCAGGCUUGUGUCACCGGGCCUUGGGAAAUUCCCUGCUGACCUGCUGCUCCUAAAAAUAGCAGGAUGGGGAUAGGCACGGGGUUGGAGGACCACAGUGGCAUUAUCCUGCUGGACCGUGGCCAAGCCCCGGCUACCACAGAGGUGUGCCUGCUCCGCUGCUCCCUGCUGACAUCCCUUCUCCUCCUCCUACUCCGCAUCCAUGAGACGGAGCAGAACAGCUACUGCCAGCAGAUCAUCACGGAGAGGCACCUGGCCGAGCUGGAGGAGCUGGCUGACACCCAGAUGCAGCACCCGGGCAGGGUCUCCUUCAAGUUCAUUGACAAGAUGCAGUUGAAUGACUCCAUCUGCUAUGUGAAAGCUGCCUUUCCCCUGAUGGGCAAGAUCCUGGAGCGAACAGAGUUCAAGGAGAACUCGUCCAAUGCCCGGAAGAUGCAGACGGUGCGCAGGAUGUACAACCGCAUCGAUGAGAGUGUGGACCCCUGCAUCAGGGAUGAGGAUGAUGAGGAGAGAACGCUCUCACAGAUGUGCUUCAAGGAGUUCACCACCUCCCCCUACGAGAUGCUGGUGCUGGUGAAGGAUUUCUUCCAGGACAUCAAGCGUCUGCUGCAGAACCAGGAGACCUUUGAGAAGGAUUGCAGCCGAGUCUACCGCAGGGCCUGCCCGGGACCCAGGAAGGCUGGAUCCUCCCCAGGUGUGGGGACAGAUCCUGACUGCAAUUGCCUGUCCCCUGCCCUCCCUUCUGCCACCCAGCCCUCCCUCUCUGCUGCCGCUGGCAGGGACAUGGCACCCGCUAGCAGCCGGGUCCCCUCCAGCCUCCUCCAUGCCACCCUCGCUGACUUAGAGGCCCCAUCUCAGCCCCCCAGUAGCACGGACGGGGGCUCAGGGACCGAGGAGGUCCUGGGUGCCGGGGUAGGUGACACAGCGCUGGCGUUGGCCCCCGGGAUGAAGCAGACAGCUCCAGCCAGCAGUGCCGAAGCCCUCCAGGAUCCGGCCGGGACGCUGAGCCUGGCACUGGGUGACAUCCCCGUCCUCCGUGGGGAUGGAGAGCUGGUGGAGUGGGGCACCGGGCACCUGCCGCAGGAUCCAGGCCAGCAGUGGGGAGGCUCCAUCCUCCCGGAUCAGCCCGGCGGGCUCAGCACCACCCCUCCGACAGCAUCGCCCAGCGCUGGCUCGACGGGCGGCGGAGCCAGGAUCCGUCCCGAGGCAGCGUCCGAGCCCGUCACACAGCUCCGCUUCUCCAGGAUGGCCCCAGAGCUGCGAGCCCCGGGCCACCCCAGGGACAGGGCGUGGGGCUGGGGGCUGAGCCGGCUGCGGGGCCCCGAGGAUGGCGGCGGGCCCGGGCCCAGCUUUGACUCUGGCUUUGUUCUGGGCGCAGAGCAGCGCAGGAAGGAGCCGCCCGCCAGGGAGGGCCGACAGGAGCCUCUCAUCUACAUUACAGUGGCCAGUGUGGUGGCCGUCCUGCUGGCCACGGGAGGGCUGCUCUUCUACAAGUAUAAAUCCAGGGUCCUGGGGCGGCCGCUGGAAGAUGGAGGCUGCGACCCCGAGGAGCCGGAGAGGAGGGCGCUGCAGGGAGCAAGGGAGUGUUCAGAGCUGGAGACUCAGGAUCUCUGAGGGCCCCAGGCAGGAUGUGAAGCUGCUCGGGGGAUGGAUCCGGAUGGAAGGAGGGCUGGCACGCGCCAGCCUUGCCGCGAUCCCACCGUGAUGCUGACGCUCCCUCUUCCCUUGCCCCGUGCCGGUGGCCAGAGACGGCAAAAAACUCCCUGGCAGGGACAAAAGGAUGGGGGGAUGUGCCCUGAGUGGGACCCCCGGGCACCGGGAAGUGAAGGGCUGGAAGGGACCGUGACCGCAGGCUUUGCUGUGACGCUGCGGUGCCCAGCAGGACGAUGGAGACGCUGGAUGUGGAGAUGAUGGAUGUGGGAUGACAGAUCCCACCUGGACACGGCCAGCGCUGGAUGAAGAUGGAGGGGAUCGGCUCCCCAGAUCCUCUGGCUCUUCUCCCAUCCCAGCAGCCUGGGUUUGGAGCAGCUCCCAUCGCCCCCUUCACCCUGCCUUUCCUGAGGCUUCAACUGGAGCAUCCUGAAUUCCUUGGGGGCCAGUCCUGAGACACCCAGCCCUGACUUGCAACUCAAACCCUCACACUGUGAAUAUUUAAACACCUGUGCCCGUGUCCCUGCAUGGGGCUGGGUUUGGGGUGACCCUUGGCACCGUCCCAGUCCCUCCCCAUCCUCCUGUUGUUAGGGCUUAUUUUUUUUUUUUAAAUAGAGUGGAUGAAAGUCUUUAUCCUGCACAAGUGUUCUGGGGGGGCCGUGUGCCCCUCGCAGGGUCCUCACCACGAGCUGGCCUCGCUGGGAUUCCGUUUCUUUGGUGACUGUGCUUUGGAGAAGGGAAUGGGGAUGGGAAAGAUGGGAUCCACGUGGGUGUAAGAGCUGGAACUGCCCCAGCUGGGCACCCCGGGGCUUCUUGGCACAGCCCCACUCCCGGGCUUUGGGAAGAGCCUGGUUUGGGACGCACCAGCCCUGGAGAUGCUCCAAAAUCCAACGGCUCCCUCCAGCCCCGGAUGAAGCAUGGCCUGCGCUGCUCUGGGAGUUUCAAGUAUUAUUUUUAUAUGAAGGAUGAAAAUAUGGACAAACCCAACUGUUUUUAAAGAAAGCAUCACUAUUAAUUUGGGGUUUAUAUAUAUAAAUAUAUAUAUAUAUGUGUGUGUAUUUAUGAGUGGCAGGAGGAGGGGGUUCCCAGGCGAGGGACUGGUGUAAAUCAGGAUAAAAGCCCUGAUGCAGCAGGAAGUCUGGGGCCGAACUCCUGGUGGUGUAAGUCACCAGUUUACACUGUGGAGGAGCUUCUCCUGGGGGAGAAAACUUGCCUUUACCCAUGUCGGAUUUAUUUUGCCUUUUUAUUUGUUGUUGUUUGGUUAGGGGGUUUUUUGUUGGUUUUGGGGUGGGUUUGUUGUGUUUUUUUUAUACAAUGAAAUCCUGAAAUAUUUUAUACAAAGGCAUUUAAAAGUCUAUUUAAAGAAAAUAAUGGAAAACCACUUGUAUAUUUAAUAUUAUUAAUAAACAGAGAGGUGUA